UAUUGAUAUGAAACGUUUAAUUUUUCCAUUUCAAGUUAGCCAAUACACUAUCAAUGGCACUGUUGUACCAACAUCGCGACGGAAAAACCAGUUACAAUAAAAGUAAUUGUACGGCAACUUCAUCUACAACUUACCAUACUGUCAAUGAAACGUCGAAAAUGUGGGAAAAGUGUACGAAUAGCUAUCACAUUUUCCAGUGUGUAUUAUAACGAUUGAAUCAUGCGAGAAUGUGGCCAAUGAAACAUGAAACUAUGACCCGCGAUGAAUGCAAAAAGUGUUUACGAUGUUUGGAGUUAGAAGCUUAUGGAAAUAUGGUGUCUGUCUUGCGUGCUCAAGGUCCUUUCACUAGUGAAAAACAAAAACUGCUGCAAGAACUUGCUAAAGUUUUACACAUUUCUAAUGAACGACAUCGUGCUGAAGUACGAAGAGCUGUUAAUGAUGAAAAAUUGGCAACUAUAGCUGAGCAAUUAAAUGGUCCAAAUACUGGUACUGACUGGACUAUCGAAGGUCGACGUGCUAUUCCACUUUUACCAAGAUUAAAGGCUAGAUCUGCAUUCGCAACGUUAGCAAAUAGCUUGUCUCUUACAACAGUAGCAGCAAACAAAAGGAACGUUCCUCUUCAUGAGAAAACAGAGGAUGCAAAAGAUGUUAGAAAUGAAUCUCUCGUUGAGAUAAAAGUACAAGAAAAUUCGAUUAGCAGUUACGAGUUUACAUCUAAUGAAGAUAAAGUUACUGAAUCAAAUAGGAAUAAAGAAGUUAAUAAUCAAAGCAAUACCUCUGAUGGCAGCGAAAAAUAUACUAUUUCUCAGAAACGUAAACUCUCUUCCCCUGUUUCACCAGCACUUCCAAAUAAGGUUCUAGUAGUACCUUCAAGUUCGAUAGGAACUCUUAAUCGUGGCACUGCUGAUAAAGGAUCGAUAGAAAAUACUAUUCAUUUAUCACGAAUACCUACAAAUUCGUUACAGCAUCAAAAUGUCACUCUAAUACCAUUAAAUAUUAAUUGCGAAGAAAAUAUUACAGAAUCUAAGGAAUCGGUAGUACAAGAAAGCAUCGGUAAUCAUUCGGUAAUUCCAUCUGAUAAUUUUGUAAAUACCGUAAUCCCAGUAGGUGCAAGUGUUGCAAAAGCUAAAGGAAGGAUAAUUACAACGCAGAGUAAGCUUAAUACGAAAGUCGGAUCUGCAAUUCUGCUAUCUAAUAAUGUGUCAUGCGCAACGGGAAAUAAUAUUCAGUCAGAUGCUCAAGAUGCGUCUUCGCAAGACAAUUCGAGUCCUAAAGUGUCCGUGUCCCAUAGUUUACAAAAAAUACCAAGUUCGGAAAAUAUGAAUUCAGUUACAAGUAACGCAACGUGCGUUGUACCAGUAAUACAUUCUAACGCAAAACCUCCGAUAGCUAAAACUAUUGCUUCGAGUAAUUCACAUCGACUUAUGGCCAUUUGCCCUGUUACGACAGUAUCUAAUGGACCAGGGCCACCUCAAGCUAAGCAAAUAACGACAUUAACGUGUAAAAAAUUACCUACAACGCUCAACAAUCAAACCACUGCCAAAAUGGGUGUUACGCUAAAUUCUAGUAAAACUGUAAAUAUAUCUCGUCACUCUGAUACGAAAUUAGGAUCUAAAACAAAUGUGAUUGUUAUACAAAAGGGUCAAACCAAAGGUGUAACUCUUUCUCAAGCAGGCAAGGAAGUAUUGGAGAAAGUAAUAAUGGGAGGAAAAAGUUUGUGCGUCACGAAUCAACAAAAUGUAGUACCGCGUCGUGUCACAUUGAAUAACGGAGAUCAAGGUCUAACGGUAUUAUCCACGACAAACUCGCCUCGUACAGAGGCUAUAACGUCUAACAUAAAGUCUGGAAAUACUAUUAUGUUCAAUCUGCGACAGGAUAUUUUGGAAAAAAAUAAAGCAUUUUCUCAUCUUCUCGAAUCAUCUAAUGUUCUUACCUCUGAAUCUAAGACUGUGAUACAAAAUACUAAUGAUCUUUCGAAAGAACCAAGUAACAGUGAUUUAAAUAUACAGGAUAAAGAGCUAGUUGUAAAAACUGAUGCUGUAAUUACUACUGUUAAAGAUGAGAAACACAGGUCAGUUUAAAACUAUCGAAAUGUACUACGAAAUUGUUGUGUUAAAGUUAAAAAACGCAUGUAAUACCGACAACUAACUUUAUAAUUACUUUAAAAACUUUUUGUAAAUUGUUCAUUGUAAAUUAAUAAUAUGUUUUAUGUGCAAAGUAUUUUACAAAUUGAAAUAUACCCAAAAAAUAUACGCUUCUUGAAUUAAA